CCUCCUCUUUCUCCUCCUCCUCCUCCUCGGUUGCCGGUUUAUUUCUUAAAGGCUGUUUUCCUGCACGCGGAGCUUCUCCCUGAAUCCUUUCUUUUCUCCAGAGGAACCGGGACAACAGGAGACUCUUUGCAGAUUAAACCUGGAUCUGCAACAGGUCGAGGAGCAUCCGGAUCCAGGACCAUCCUCCUCCUGCUCCUGCUCCUCCUCCUCCUCCUCCUCAGUUGUAGGAUGAAUGUGAAGCAGCAGAGAAGGAGGAAGGUUUGACGCUUUAACGCUUCAGCUGCAGAGCGGAUGCGACACAGAGGAAACCUGCAAACAUGAUGCCGAUGUUCCUCACCGUCUACCUCAGCAACAACGACCAGCACUUCAGUGAAGUUCCCAUCACACCAGAGACGCUGUGCAGAGACGUGGUGGAGCUCUGCAAGGAGCCCGGAGAGCUGGACUGCUACCUGGCUGAGUCGUGGAGGGGCUCAGAACGUGUCGUUGGAGACGCUGAGCGGAUGUUGGAAGUGUUGCAGCAGUGGGGUCAUCAGAGGGCGGAGGUCCGCUACCUCCUACGUCACCAGAGAGCUCCGGGACAAGAGUCAGGUGGAUCCAGAGCUGCAGACCAGAUGACGAAGAGGAGUCAGGUCAAAGCUUCUGUGGAGAGAUUCCUGGAGAACGGGGUCUCAGGACCUCGUAUGGACAUGACGCUGAGUGAGCUGCAGGAUCUGGCAACUCGACAACAGCAUGAAAUCAACGCACAGCAGCAGCUGCUCUCCUCCAAGGAGCAGCGUCUCCGCUACCUGAAGCUACAGGAGGCGUCCGAACAGGAAUGUCUUCGCCAGCUCAGAGAGAACGCACACAACCAGGAGGCCAAACUACGACGGGUCCGGGCCCUCAGGGGCCAGGUGGAGCAGAAACGCCUCAGCAACAGCAAACUAGUGGAGGAGAUCGAGCAGAUGACGGGUCUGUUCCAGCAGAAGCAGAGGGAGCUGGUGGUGGCGGUGGCUCGGGUGGAGGAGCUGAGCGAGGAGCUGGAGGCCCUGAGGAGCAACAGACUGGAGCCUCCUCACCCCGCUCCUCCUCUUCCUCACUUCCACAACACCUCCUCCACGGCCGAGCUAGAACGCCUCUACAAAGAGCUGCAGCUGAGGAACAAGCUGAACCAGGACCAGAGCACCAGGCUGCAGCAGCAGAGAGAGAACCUGAACAAGAGGAACCUGGAGGUGUCGGCCAUGGACCGACGGCUGGCUGAGCUCCGACAGCGGCUCCGGAAGAAGAAGGCUGCCCUGCAGCAGGAGAACCUGCCGGUGGCCUCAGACGGCGUGGCCCCCCAGCUUGGCGUGGGCUCCAGGGUGGCGGCCGUGGGGCCCUACAUCCAGUCCUCCUCUACCUCCAGCUCUCAGGGACCUCCAGUGGUGAAGCCAGCUUAUCCGGACGGCACUGCCACCCUCCCCAUGCCCGACUCGUCCCUGAAGCCGCCACCAAGACCGGCCAAACCAGCCUCAGGUUUCAACACAUCAAAAAUGAAUAAACUCUCUGAGUGGAGCAGCUCCAUGUCUGGGUCCGGUGGGGGUCACGGCCACUCCUCCACGCUGCCCCGUAUGUCCAGCCUCAGCUCCCAGCGCUCAGGUGGUGAGACCAUCACAAACCAGAAGGGGCUCUCUGGGUCUGACAUCCCACCCGCUGUCCCAUCACGAUCCAGUCACACCACAGAGAACCUGCUCCGAGACAAUCAGGCCUCAGGUAAAAGUCUGUCCAAGACACCGGCACCACCUCCAGUUCCUAGUAAGCCUAAACCUGUCUCCUCAUCGGGUCCAGCGACCUUCUCCAAGCCCCCCUAUAGCACCGGGACCUUCCCCGGUAAGGUGAAGCCUGUCGGGGGCCACCUCAGGACUCCAGGAAUCCUGUCCAGCCACAGCAACACCCUCCCUCUUCCCAACAAGCAGGAGAACCCUCCCUCCGCCGCCGUCCGACCCUACACCCCCGACCUCUCCGACGGCCCCGGCCCGGUUCUGCAGAAACCUCAAACUCUGGCAGCGUCGUCGAUCUAUUCCAUGUACACCCAGCAGGCCACGCCCGGGAAGUGCUAUCAAGGCCAAGGCACGCUCACCCGCAGCCAGCCACGAGUUUAUGGAAAGCCGGUCCUCCCAGCCACUGGGGGGCAGCACUCUGUCAGCUCCGACAACACUGCCUUGACUUCUGGGUUUUGUGCAUCUGAUUCGAGUGACGCUGACAGCAGCUUCCUGGGUAACGGUGAAGCUGUCCCAGCCGGAGACGCAGCAGAGCGUUCCACGCCCCGACCCCUCAGCCCCACCAAGCUCCUCCCCUUCCUGUCCAACCCUCUCAGGAACCAAAGUGACGCCGACCCGGAGGUCUUGCGCCGCCGGCUGCACCAUGCUCCCCGGCCCCUGAAGAAACGCAACUCCAUCACAGAGCCCGAAGGCCCGACCGGACCCAACAUCCAGAAGCUGCUCUACCAGAAGACCACUCUGGCUGCCAUGGAAACCAUCCCCAUGGAGACAGUCGGUCCAGCAGGGACCUACGUGCUGGCCGGCGGUCACGAGGACAAGGUGGGUGGUGGGAAUGUGAUGUCCAGGGUGGAGGACGACUCCCCAACACAGCCCCUUGAAAGCCCAGAGGAAAGCCUGACUCCGCCCCCACUGCCCCCACGCUCACCCAUCCCUGACCCCGCCUCCGACCACGACCUGCCCCCUCCACCAGAGGACAUGGAGGAGUUUCACAAGGUCCUGUUUCCUGAGGAGUUUCCCCCGUACCCACCCCCACCUUACCCCUGCUGUGGAGAAGCAGAACAAGGCGACGACGUCCUGAACCUGAAGCCGCCGGAGGUGAUGGGACAGGUCACGGUACCACCGGGUAAAAGGUCGAUCCUCCGAAAGGCCACCUCCGAGAGGACGGACCCCAGCGUCAGGGUGAAGUUCAACCCUCUGGCCCUGCUGCUGGACUCGUCUCUGGAGGGAGAGUACGACCUCGUCCAGAGGGUCAUCUACGACGUGGACGACCCCAGUAUGCCAAACGACGAGGGCAUCACGGCUCUGCACAAUGCCGUCUGUGCCGGCCACACCGAGAUCGUCAAGUUCUUGGUUCAGUUUGGCGUCAACGUCAACGCCGCCGACAGUGACGGCUGGACUCCUCUUCACUGCGCCGCCUCCUGCAACAACGUUCAGGUCUGUAAGUUCCUGGUGGAGUCCGGGGCGGCUGUGUUUGCCACCACGUACAGCGACAUGCAGACGGCCGCCGACAAGUGUGAGGAGAUGGAGGACGGCUACGCCCAGUGCUCCCAGUUCCUCUACGGCGUCCAGGAGAAGAUGGGCGUGAUGAACCGCGGCGUCGUCUACGCCCUGUGGGACUACGAGCCCCAGAGCGAGGACGAGCUCGGCUUCGUGGAGGGCGACUGCAUGACGGUGCUGAGGCGGGAGGACGAGGUGGAGACGGAGUGGUGGUGGGCGCGAUGUGGAGACCACGAGGGCUUCAUCCCCCGCAACCUGCUCGGGCUGUAUCUGAGGAUCAAGCCUCGUCAGAGGAGCCUGGCCUAAUGUUUCUACGAGUGAACCUCUGCAGGAUCAUCUUCAAAACCUGAAUACAAACCUGAACUGGACUGUACCGCACAAAGAAUGUAACAACAGCAGCUCCUCUGCCUUCUUUGGAAAAAUGAAGGUUUCAGAUUUAAAAGACGUUUGCAGACGAGUCGUCGUGUGGAGAAUCCUGAGUUCAUCUUGUUUUUUUUUUAUUAAUUCUAUUUCAUUUCAUUUAACGGCUGAAAGAAAAACAGGAAGAUUUGUGGAGGAAUAAAACUCAGGAACCAACAACCUGACAAUAACGACGACUUUAAACGUUUCCCUUCGCGCCCUCUAGUGGACAAAUCGAACAACUGCAGCCAAUGUGUUUUCUGUCAUUUUGACGCCGGGUCAGACUGGACCCUGUGGGGGCCGCGGGCCGUAUGUUUGACACCCCUGUCUCAAAGUUGUAAUCAAGCCGCUGUAGCACUCAGAACGUGGUCAUACACGACCAGCCGUAACAUUAUGACCAGCUUCCCGAUGUUCUGCCUGUCUAUCUGGUCAGAGAAUGGACGUGGGCUUUCUGGGGGUGUUGGAUGUUUGGAGUGGGGGGUGUUUGAGGGGAGGGGGGGGGAUACUUGAUCGGUUUGGAGGCCAGGUCAACACCUUGUGAUGUCCUUCAUGUUUUUCUGAGUUGUUCCUAAACUGUUUUUGUGUGUGUGCCUGUUGGUGGUCAUAAUGUUGUGGCUGAUCGGUGUAGAUAAGACACAUUUUGGGGGGGGGUGCUGAAAAUGAAAUCUUCUGUUUCUUUUAUUUAGUAUUUGUUUGUUGUUUUGUAAUCUUUAUUUGUGUGAACGAUGAACAGGAUCAUGUUUGUUUGAGCUGUGAUGAAGCUGAUUCGUGAUCGUUUACUGGAGUAGAUCUGACACCAUCAGGUUUAUUAAAUAAAUGCUUUUGCUCCUCAGCGACACCAUAAA